CGCAAUACUUACAUAUUUACUGAUUGUCGAUGUCUACGCUUGUAUUUAAAAUCCUAUCGGUCUCGUAAGUUCACCAUUCUGUGCAAAUAAUUUCUCGUCGAAGGUGGAUCGUGAAUAAAUUUGCAUUAUUUUUAUGAGUGACAUUAUUUGUUCUUCGAAGAUUGUUUAUAACGACAUUUUGAUUUCAAAAUGAAAACGACGCAAAGACUGUGGCUCUACGUCAUACAACAAAAUUCCAAAAAACUUAAUCGUUUACCCGGCAAGUAUCAAACCGUCGGUCGAAUACUAACUUCCAGCCGGCGAUACCUUUCUACGUUACAGCAGCCAGUUUACGAAACAUCUGUUGCAUCCGAUGGCAUCGUAAAGUCUCCGUAUCCAGAUAUUACCAUCCCUAACCUGACUAUCGAUCAAUUCGUGUGGCAAAAUUUCGAUAAAUGGGCAGAUUUCGAAGCUUUAGAAUGCCAAGUGACCGGUCGCAAAUACACAUUUUCGCAAUUACGAACAUUGAGCCGAAGAUUUGCAUCUUCUUUACGUAAACAAGGUUUCAAACCAGGCGAUGUUUUAGCUGUGAUGUUACCAAAUAUGCCCGAUUACGCCGUCAUAAUUUUGGGUGCGAUGGAAGCCGGAUUAAUCGUGUCCACCAUAAACCCAAUUUAUACACCUUAUGAAUUGUCUCAUCAGUUACACGAUAAUAAAGCUGUCGCAUUGUUAACACUUCCGGAACAACUUGAAAAAUUAGAAAAAGCCAAAAAAUUAAUACAAGCUAAAACCAAUUCACCCUACAACCUUGAUUUGAUAACUUUGAAUUACAAUUCGUCAUCGGUUGCGGUGCCCAGUGGCACAGUUGAUUACAAUGAUAUGAUUUCCGAUAAUGUGGAGAUUCUGGAUAUCAAACCUAGUCGAACUCUCAACGAUGUUGCUCUGCUGCCGUACUCGAGUGGAACUACUGGUCUAUCGAAAGGUGUCCAACUUUCUCAUAGAAAUGUCAUUGCUAACUUCUUACAAGUUAAUCAUCCGGAAAUUGGGCAUAUUAGAAUGGCAACGAAAGAUUAUCAAGACGUAAUUCCUGGAAUUUUACCAUUUUUCCACAUCUACGGACUAUCUGUAAUAUUACUCAGAGGUUUAAGUAAUGGAUGUAAAAUAGUCUCUUUACCGAAAUUCGAGACAACGGGUUUCCUAUCAAUUUUGAAAGAUAAAAAGGCUUCAGUAUUAUAUGCAGUGCCACCGAUAGUUCUGUUACUUGGCCAGAAUCCAUUAGUAACCCAAGAUCAUUUCGCUCAUUUACGAUUCAUGAUCAACGGUGCUGGACCAGUCAGCGCGGAUGAUGCUGAGAGAGUGAUUGCAAGAACGAAAAAUAAUUUUACGUUUAAUCAGGCUUAUGGUUUGACGGAAACUUCGCCGGUUGUAUUCGUAUCUCCAGCUACCAAACAAGAUUAUUCAUCUUUAGGUGUGCCUAUUCGAAGCACAACUGCUAAAAUAGUCAAAUCUGAUGGUACUUUAGGAGGUCUGCGAGAAAAUGGAGAAAUCUGUAUAAAAGGCCCUCAGAUAAUGAAAGGUUACCACAAUAAACCCGACGCGACUACAGAAGUCAUAGACGACGAAGGAUAUUUCCACACGGGAGAUGUAGGUUAUUACGACGAAGAAGGUAGAUUCUACAUUGUCGAGCGUAUCAAAGAACUGAUUAAAGUACAAGGUUUCCAAGUACCGCCGGCCGAAUUAGAAGCUAUUCUCAGAAACCAUCCGAGCGUUAUUGACUCAGCAGUCGUUGGCGUACCUGACGACCGAACCGGUGAAAAACCUCUCGCUUUCGUGGUGCUGAAAAAAGGAAAAACAGCUAGCGAAUCCGAUUUGAAAGAUUUCGUCGCCGAACGAGUGGCUCCGUUUAAGAAACUAGGAGGUGUUAGAUUCGUCGACUCGAUUCCGAAAAAUCCAUCUGGUAAAAUAUUAAGAAGAAUACUUAAAGAAAAAUACGUCUCGUAAUUCAAAUUUGCCAAAUGGAAAUAAUCUUAUCAGUUCCUGACGAAAAAAUUUCAUUCGCUAGAAUUGUUUUUAUACGUUUCGCUUUCCAUUUUGUUUUACUUUUUUUUUUUUCAACGCGUGUAUUAUCCAUACGACGUUUUAUGGUAGGUACCAGAAAGUGAAAAUGCUAUUUAUCAACUCGAUACUAUAUACAUGUAGGUAAGCAGUGGUUACCUACAUAUUUUGAUAAUGGACAAAAUAAAAGGUCAGUUCCGAAGUGCGUGUGCUUUUAACGGAUAAAGAUACCAUGCAGAACUAACACUUAAGGGUUCUGGUCUGUUUGAAAUGUUUCGUUGGCUACCAAACGACUAUAAGCUCAUAAAAAAGAAAAGAAAAACUUUAAUGAUAUAAGCAAAAGGAGUUAUUUUAUAGUGAUCGAAGGUACCUUGUAAGAAGAGUAAAUGCGGUAAACGCGAACUGGCGUGAUUUUCUGUACAAAUUCCUAUAAUUUAUUUAAUCGCUGGGUUUAUAUGUCGAAGAAUUUGUUAAAUUGUACAUUUUACGAGUAUUAUUUCGCACGAAUCACAUUUUACAUUAUAACUAUAGGUUUACUUUGUACUUAUUUAUUUAUUUUUUGUAAUAAAUUGUAUAAAAAUAUAUAUUUUUAUAAUCGUUUUA